GUUUUUAAGUUCUUGGUAGCACAAUUUGAAAGAAUUACCUUCUCAAAAUCUGUGAAGCAUAAAUAUUAAAAGCCACUUUUUUCUUGUUGCUCUAUUUUCAUCAUAUAGUACAAGUUAUUUCAUUAUACUUGCUAUGUCAUUUUAUUUCUCAACUCUUUUGUUUUUAUUUCUUAGGUAAAAAAAGUUGAAACAAUGGUGCCAAACAUGGUGGGUGAGAUUGACUGUGAAAAUUUCUUCGAUCAAAUUGAAGACUUGAUUGAGUUCCCACCCGACAAUGAAUGUGGUGUCGAAAGUAAUUUUGUGGGGUUGUGUGAUUCAAAAGAUUUUCCGAGUAUGUGGAGCGACCCGUUUCCUUCAUCUGACCCGUUUUUUACUGGCGAUGCCCCGUCUGACCUCUCGACUGAACUCUCAGUUCCGUAUGAAGACAUCGUGCAACUCGAGUGGCUCUCGACUUUUGUCGAGGACUCGUUUUCGGGCGGUGGACUAACCAUCGGGAAAGAAGUCAGCCAGUACACGAAAAAAACAGAGCACCCUCAAAUCGAUAGCCGCACGACCAGCAGCAACAGCAGCAGCACCUCUUCCUGCUCCGGUGAAAAAACAGCACUUCUCAGCCCAAAUCCUCAUCCCGGGCCUCAACGGGCCCGCAGCAAGCGACCCAGGGCCACGACCUUCAGCCCAAGGCCCAUCGAGAGUUUCGCUGAGUCGGGCCUGGGCCCAGCCCAGAAGAAGAACAAGAACAAGAAAAUCAAAAUCUCCCCACCUAUGGAUGGAUCCGAAUGCUCGGUGGUUCGGAAAUGCAUGCACUGUGAGAUCACAAAGACUCCGCAAUGGCGGGCAGGGCCAAUGGGCCCGAAGACACUGUGCAAUGCUUGUGGGGUCCGCUACAAGUCUGGAAGGCUCUUCCCGGAGUAUAGACCGGCCGCAAGCCCCACAUUUGUCCCGGCCAUGCACUCCAACUCUCAUAAGAAGGUCCUUGAGAUGAGGUUCCGAGAUGGGCCUGGGCCCACGGGCCUUGAAGCCCAAACUUGUUCGGAGUCCAUGAAAUGUGUUUGACUUUUGGCCCAAACUUGUUCGGGCAUCAAAGCCCAAGCUAUGUGUCGUUCCAUGUAAUUUCGUGCUCGUGUCUUGUGGAGUUGCUUUUGAUUUCGAUUGUUCGUUGGUUCUUUGUACAGUAGUGUUAAUGCGGAGUGGGCGAGUAGGCGGGUUAGAUCGGUAAUUUAGCUGGUUAGGAGGAGGAAAGAGAGAUUUGAGUUAUAUAAAUAUGAAGUUUUUUAAGAGAUGGAGGAGGAAGAUUAGAAGUAGGUGAGAUGAGGUUUGGCAUUGGAUUUAGGUCUAAUAAGGGAUUAUUUGUAGCUUAAUGGAGUGUGAUGGAAGUAUUACUUUUGCAGACAAUCUAUAUAUAUAUUAAAGCUAAGCAGUUGGACAUUUCCCUCCA